AUGAAGGGCCAGUUGAAGAAGGAAGUUAAAUUUCCAGAGUAUUACAAUAAACUCAAAAAAAUAUGGAGUACCCAUGAAGUAGGAUCAAAUUACUAUGUAAUUGAUCUGAAAGAUAAAGAAAUAUUAAGUGAAGUAUAUAGCCUUUUAAAUGAUGAAGAACUAAAAUUGUUAUUUGAUAGGUUGAGUUUGGAAGAUGAGAGCAAAUAUAUGAGUACAAAAUCACUUGAAUAUAUGACAUUAUUUGAUAAAAUUAUAUAUGAUUAUCUGAGGGAUGAAAAUGAUGAUGAUGAGAUAGUUGAGAAAAAAUUUAUUGAAUUCAAAGAUGGAAAAGAUAUUUUAUAG